AUGGAGCCCUCUCAAACCGCCGCCGCUCGGAGACUCCCAGCAUUCUCCCCAAUCCGCGGCUCACAGUCCGGCCGCGAGCCAAACUCAACCACUCCAGGCACAAAGAGCAAACCCAAACACCGCCGCCACCUCUCUCACCGUGCCUAUCUCCACGCCCACUUCCACAACGGCCUGUAUCUCCCCGACCAACCAUGGGUUCAGGAUCAUUUGAUCGGCGGGGAAGAUUCCUGGACGGGGCAACGUGACCUUGACCCGAACCUUGAUGGGCGGCGAGAAAAGCAUAGAAGGCUACGUCCACAUCGGAGACACAGGUCGCACGACGGACGUCUAGGGAGUCGCCAAAUUCGGAACGACAUGGCUCCUGGGGAAGCUCGUGGGGAAGCUCGUGGGGUGCAGGCAGGCUCGUCAGAGAACGAUCUAGGGGUUGGGCUGCCAGGAGAGGUAUCCGAAGAGAUAGGGAAUGAGUUCCAGAUGGAUAAUGUGAUUCGGUUACCCUUUGUACAGCGCGAGGAGUACAUUCGUCUGGAGGAUGUCGAGAGGCAGAAGCAGAAAAGGAAAGACGCAGAGAAGUCCAAUUCCGUCGCCCUCUCCUCGCUUGCAGACCAGUCCCUUGCCUUUUCACAGCGUCUCGACACAGCGUAUUACAACCUUCUCGACCGCCUGUCCAGCAUUCGUUCCACCAUUCGCUCCUUUCACACCCUACGCGACCUCACGACAAGCAUCGACACCGAUUUCAACAGUGAAGCGGCCAAACUCACCCAAAGCACCCGCAAACAGAUCGCCGAUUUUCAAGGAUUCACCCCCCAGAUCCGCAAAAUCGAGGUGCUCGAGGCCAGAAUGAAAAGCUGCCGGGAGCGGGCGUCGAAUCUGGAUCAGCGCCUUAAAACUGUGCGGGAGCAGAUCGAGGCGUGGGACCAGAAAGAGGUAGAAUGGCAAAAGAGGGUUAGUCGGAGAUUAAGAAUUCUGUGGGCCGUGAUGGGGACCGCCGUCUUGUUUCUUGCCGUCAUGGGUUUGGUAGAUCGUUUUAAGCCGAGUUUGGCACCACAGGAGGCCCUCGGGGCUACGGACAGUUGGAAAACGCUCGUUUCCAGGUCUGCUGAGAACGAGACUGAAUGCGGAGAGGGAACACCAUGUCUGGAAGACGACGCGCAUGCUACGAGACUCAUCAGUACUUCUUUCGCAUCCAAAGCGAAAGAAGCCCGUCAAAGCCUUGGGCCUAGAGUGCCUACUAGCGUAUCUGAACAAAAGGACCCAGAAGAUCAGAUACAAAGAGUACUAGACGAAUUAUGA